GUUCAUUUCGUUCAUUCAGUCAGUCCGGCUCCGCGUGCGCCACGGCCGUGAUUCCACGCGGGUCCGAUCGCCUAAAAACUUUUUUCAAUAUUAUUAUUUCCCGGUUUUUUUUAUCAUUUCAAAUAUCAUGUCGGAAUAAAAUAUUUAUGUGAUCCCUAUUUAAUGUGAUGAUGUUAAAAGUGAUUUAUUGUCGUACGUUUGCGUGUCUUCGUAGUGUAUAAGCAAUGCAAUAUCAAAGUAAUGAUGAUGACGAUUUGCAAUAUCGGAUUUUUGGAGAGUCCUUCGACUUCCCCGUCGGGAACAACUCGAACGCGGGCCGCAGGAAAAAAAAAAGCGGCUAUGACAGCGAGACGAGCGAAUAUUCAGAGGACUCGACGGCGGCUUACGAGGAUGUGCAGACUUCAACCAAAAGCACUGGGUCGAGGAAGAAUAUCAACAGGGGAAGGUGGAGUAAAGAGGAGGACAAGAAACUAAAAGCAUAUGUUAGGACUUACAAAGAGAAUUGGGAGCGCAUAGCGGCCGAGUUUCCUGACCGUUCCGACGUUCAGUGCCUUCAAAGAUGGACGAAAGUCGUCAACCCUGAACUAGUCAAAGGCCCUUGGACCAAAGAGGAAGACGAGAAAGUCGUUGAGCUGGUCGCGAAAUACGGACCGAAGAAAUGGACUUUGAUAGCCCGACAUCUCAAAGGGAGGAUAGGGAAGCAGUGCAGAGAGAGAUGGCACAAUCAUCUGAACCCCUGUAUAAAGAAGACGGCGUGGACGGAGCACGAGGACAGAGUGAUAUAUCAGGCCCACCAGCAGCUCGGGAACCAGUGGGCGAAGAUCGCCAAGCUGUUACCGGGACGAACGGACAACGCAAUAAAGAACCAUUGGAACUCGACGAUGCGUCGUAAAUACGACAUGGACUUGUUGGACACGCAUGAGAGGCGGAAGGGCAAGGCGAAGGCUCGGUUCAACGACGGAGCCCCGGCCGCCGCCCCGGCGGACGAGCGCGUCCAGGUCUCCUACAUCGACCAAACCUGGUCGGACCCGUUCAACGAGUCAACCCAGAGCAACGCGUCCAGUACGAGCCAGCCCUCGAAGCAGAUGCUCCACUUCCGCCAGGUGCUGAAGAACCAGCUGACGAACCUGCAGCAGCAGCCCCGGCCGGAGUCCCCGGGCCGCGCCGGGCUCGUGGCCGCCGACGCAGAGAUCGUUGAUUCUCCCUUCAAGUUCGUGAACAUCGAGAACCUGCCGACGGACUCGCCGCUCAAGGGCUACCUGAGCCAAGCCCCCGCGGCGGCCGACCCCGGCGGAGACUCCAUGUCCUUCUCGAUGCACCAGAAGGAGCUGCAGGAGAUAGUGGUGCCGGAAGUGUACACGUCGCCGGGCCGGAAGCUGCCGGACGCGAACUCCCCGCCCCCCAUCCUGAGGCGGAAGAACAAGAAGCAGAUGACGCCUAACCCCAACAACUGGAUGGAGUCGAUGAGCAAGCUUUCUGAGUUCGGCGCCACCCCGCUGAAGGCGCUGCCGUUCUCCCCCUCGCAGUUCCUCAACUCCCCCCUGGCGCUGCACGCGGCAGACUCCACCCCGCUCCGGGACGCGCACGCCAAGGAGUGGAGCUCGAGCCCGCUGCUGCACACGCCGACGCCGGCCAACAACAUCACCCCGGUGCACGUCAACAGGUUCAAGACCAACACUCCCAAAACGCCGACCCCGUUCAAGAUCGCGAUGGCGGAAAUAGGCAAGAAGUCCGGUCUGAAGUACGAGCCGUCCAGCCCCGGACUCCUGGUGGAGGACAUCACGGAGAUGAUCCAGCGGGAGGAGAAGUCGGACAGCACCGUGCAGCUCAGCGACUCCCUGCUCUCCUGCGCCGCCGAGCACGAGGGGGGCGCCCAGGGUAACGACUCCGGCAUCGGCAGCCUGAAGCGGCACAGCCUGGACGGGCGGGCGGACGGCAAGGAGAACCUGGCCGCCACGCACAAGCGCGCACGGAAGGCGCUGGCCGCCUCCUGGGGCGCCGCCACCAGCACGCCGCGACACGACGCGCUCGAGACGCCCAGCAAGACCCUGGUCGGGGACAGCUCGGUGCUGUUCUCGCCGCCGUCUAUCGUCAAGCACUCUUUGCUGGAGGAGUCCACCAGCCUGCACAGCUACAUGAGCGCGGACAGCACGCCCGACGCGCAGCUGGACAUCGAGUCCGUCAUCAGCGAGACGACCAAGAUUGGCGACGACGGCACCUCGGUGACGGUCAAAAGAUCCGCCGUCCGGUCAAUACGGUUCGAAGACGACCAACCCGACAAUGAGUCUGCAGAGGAAAUAUCCUUUAUAUUGAGCGACAGUAAGUGGGAGCAGUACGCUUGCGGUAAGACCCAGGAUCAAGUGGAAUUGACGAUGUUAGCCCACCAGUUCCUGAGGAAGACGGCUCUCAAACCGCGCUCGCUCAAUUUCUAGCAUUCAAUCACGAUUCGUAUAAAUUUUAUUCAAACAACGAAAUACUAAUCUGUGAUCGAGUCUCACUUGUGUCCCCAAAAUUGAAGAGUUUGCGUCCUAGGUCAACAGUACGGACAGUCCGUUGACAUUGUUAAUGCUGUUUAUUAAAUUGGUUCAUUUUAUUCGCAGAUUAAUAUUUCUUAACUUUCUUAAGGUUUUUUUUUUUUUUUUUGUAAAUAAAGUUACUGUAAAAAUUAUGUAAGUUUUAAUGUGUGAGAAUGGUUGAGCUUUUAUCAUUUUAAUAAAGUCGUAAUGUUGUAAAAAUAUCAACGUAUUUAUAUGUAUUUUAGGUACGAUAGCUGUAGAUUUGUAAUUUUUAUAAGAGAUUUUUAUAACUAUUUUAGUUUUUUUUUUUUGGUAAAGAAAAAUCGUGUGAUUUUCAAAUACGCUUACAAAUAGUUUUAAGGGUUUUUUUUUUUUGUCGACAGAAUUAUCGUGUUGAGUGAAUGCGUGUGUUAAGUAGGUUAGUGGUAUUCGUUAUUGUAUCAGGGGACAGUAUGUCAAAAGUUCAAGUCGAGAAAUGUCUUUCACCAUAGUCCGCUAUGGAUGGUAGAUGGUAGAUUGCUUGUCACCAUCAUCUGGGUGUUCCAUAAAAAAUCCAAUAAUAAAAAAGAGCAAGAGAUAUUUUCUUACAAAUAUUUUUAAUAAAAUUAUUAUAGAAUUAUUCACUACUUGUCCACAGUGUAUUGUAUAUACAGUAAGUCAAUACUUUUUGUUUGUGUUAUUAUUUUUAUAAUAUUAUAGAUAGAUGUCAUGUUUUUAAACUAAUUUUAAGUAACGAAAUUAUGUAGCGUAAUUAUUAAAACGUUCUUCUUUCUUUUUUAAAAAAAAAUAUGUAAUAAUUCAAUUGUAAAAUUCAAAGAAAUUAUGUCCAACGUUAUUAGUGUGUUAUAGUUUAAUUUGAUUAAGUUUUAUUAAUAGGCGCGUAGCCUGAGUUUUAUUGCGAACGUUCACUAAUAAAAUUAAAAGAUAAAAUAUUUGCGAAGAUAAAUUUGAAGAUUGCGAUGAUGUUCAGGUCUCAAUCCGUUUCGGUUUGGGGAUAGGACGCUGUGCGGUACAACUGACAAUUCGACCUCAUGACUCAAGGUCGCGCAAUUCAUGAAGUUAAUAUAGAUGAUGAUAGUUUGAGAACCAGUGAAUACCGAGUGAACUGUGAGCAUACAUGUAAAGCGAAACGGAUGAGCGCUACACUGCUCUCCAUCAGGCAGCACCUAAGGAACUCAUCUCCUUGAUGGUUUUCGUAACGGAGCACGGAACUAUUACUGGUGGUAGGACCUCUUGUGAGUCCGCACGGGUAGGUAACCACUAUCCCACAUAUUUCUACCGUGAAGCAGUGUUUCGGUUUGAAGGGUGGGGCAGCCGUUGUAACUAUUCUUGAGACCUUAGAACUUAUAUCUCAAGGUGGAUGGCGCAUUUACGUUGUGGAUGUCUAUGGGAUCCAGUAAACACUUAACACCAUGUGGGCUGUGAGCUCGUCCAUCCAUCUAAGCAAUAAAAAAAACUUCACAGUCACAAAGUAUGGAGUCUGUAACACCUUGAGUGAUGAAGUGGAACCGUCAGGUGUCACUAGAUAAUAAAAUAAAAUAAAUAAAAUAGGUUUUGUUUUAAGUGUAUUCAUAAUGCAUGAAAGCAAUCAAAAGAUUAUACGUCAUAAAAGCAAUAAAUAGAUUGCAGUAGUUCAAUAAAGUGAAGUUAUAUUUUGAGGAUGCAAGAAAUGAAUUUAUUAAAUAAUGGUUUUUAAAGAGAAAUACUUUGAUGGAUGGAGAAACAAAUAAUUAUUCAUUAAUAUUGUAUACAGGGUGAGUUACAAUAGUAAAUUUAAACUGUUUUAUCAACAAUAAAUUGCCACAGUCCAGAGAAGAGCUAGCGAAACAAACACAGCGGAUAAUCUAAAAAAUGAUGUAUGAGGGACAUAAAAAUUUAAAAAAUGUUACAGUGGGGCAUGGCACAAAAAAGGUUGGGAAACACUGGCCUAGACUAUAUUAUAGACCCCUACACCGCUAGACUAGUGAACAUCUGCGGUUAGUCGAGACAUGUUUCGCGUCUCUGUUUUUAAAUAAGCUAUAAAGGGUGUUAUAAAAACGUUUUUUUUUUAUGAUAAAAAAUAUAUUAUUUUCUUUGCCGUAGUGAAAGCACGGGCAGUUCUUUUGUGUUGCCAGAAACAAUUAGGAUGCCACCUCUAUAUGCGAGUAAAUUGAUUGUCGCGUUAGCCUUCGUAAGCAGUGGUGGUUUUAGCUAUAGUAUAAAAUGUGGACGCAGCUGUUUUUGGGGGCGCCGGACUUACAAUGAACCUGUUAUAUUUCUACCUAUUUCAGUUUGACCGCGUGCUUACUAGAUGGCGCUAGGGUAAUGAUUACACACGAUACAAGAACUAGACCUUUGUAUGUAAGGCGGUGCUUGAUUGGGAUUUGAAAUGAGCUUCGUACUCAGUUGAUGUAAGGUCGAGAAUCGCAUGUCAUGCGAGUUGCACAUGCUCUUUUGUACCUCAAACGGAAAAGCCGGAUAUCUCUUGUGCUAUAUAAGACUUUCUUUUCAUCUCCCAAGGCGUGUGUAGGCGUUCAUAAGCCCGUGAGAUAUUAACUAAAAAAAUGUAAUUCUGUUUUAAAAUGCUUACUUUGAUGGAAGGCAAUAUGUUUUGGCCGCUAGUCGGUUAAUUUUAAUCAUCUUGUAAUCAAUCCAAUGUAUUGUUGUAACUACGUCACAUAAUAUAGAUUAGGCAUUAUUAUUAGCAGUAAUGCGUUUCGGUUUGAAGGGUGGGGCAGCCGUUGUAACUAUACUUGAGACCUUAGAACUGGGCGGCGCAUUUACGUUGUAGAUGGGCUCCAGUAACAACUUAACACCAGGUGGGCUGUGAGCUCGUCCUCCCAUCUAAGCAAUAAAAAAAAGACAGUCUAAUACGCUACGUUUCAAUUCCUAAUUGGGCAGCAGCUGGGAUUCAUCUCGCUUUGUCUGAUGGGUGAUGUGGAUGAAUUUCUCGUUUUUUUUUGUUUUUUUUUUCAAUAAACUUAUGUAUUUGGACCGAUUUGAAACUUUACAUUCGAAUAUUUGUAUAUUGUAUUAAUUUUUUAAUAAAUUUUAACUUUGUAUUUAAUUGUGGAAGUAAUUUUUAAUGUGUUAUUUUACAAAUUAUUUCAUUUCGGUCGUGGCUCUUUGAAUUCAGAUUUAAAAUCGGUUACGUGGUUCAGAACUAAACGGAGAAAUAGCGACUUUGUGUUUAUAACUACUAUUUAAAUAUUAAAAUUGCUUCCAUGUUUUAUAUGAAAAAGACUUUAUGAUAAUUGUAUUUUAAGUUUUAUAUAAAUGACUGUGUGUCGUGUUGUACAUAGUUAUGUAAGUUUUAAUGUGUAAGUGAAGAAAUAAAGAAUUCUUGUGUAUA